AUGAACCCCGACGAGAUCAACUGGAAGGAUGUCUUCUUAUUCUUCUACUGGGACUUGCAUGAUGAAGAUUCGGAUUCUCCUCUCGCAGGCAAAGAGACAUACGACGACUUCAUCCUGGAGUUCUUGAAGGGAGAGCGCUUGCCUCCUAACACCCUGUCUCGCCCCAAGUCAUGGAAUCACCUGCUAUGGCACCUCAUGCGAUCGUCCCUGUAUCAGACAGGCAAUUGGCUCUACAAUUCCCCCUCUCAGACCGAAGAGCCCUGGGUGAACUGGAUGGAACUCCUCGAUAUUUACAGCGAACAAGUCGAAUUCAACGAACAAAUUGAAUACGGCAAUGACAUCUUCUGGGUUCUGGGAUACCUGGAGGAACGCGCAUACGCAAACAUCCACUACAACUUGACAAUGCACGAGGCAUGGGCCAGCAACCCCUAUCUUCUGGAAUUCGGAGACAGUCAGGGUGUUCGGCUUGACUGGGCGGUGUCGCUGCCCAUCAAUGGGGGUUCAUCAUACGAACUAGGAUUGCCGUAUGCUCUCAAUCUCGAGCAAGGCUUUGUCAUCGAAUACGAGGUUGAAUCAAACGCGAUGCGUCUUUGUACUGAAGGAGGCCUGCUAGGAGGUGAAGACGCGCUCGGCUUAGCGUACUUCCAUUACACAACUAUGCUUCGAUGGGCUUACCACAUGAUGUUAAGAGGCAGCGUUUUCAGCAUUCACGACUUCUUGCAAAGUCCUUCGGUAGAUCGCCACUGGUCGAAGCCGGAAAAUGCCGUUGAUAGAUUGCGCAUCACGAAGGAGCUGUGGCAGGGCAUCAGAACGAUAAGCCGAGGAGGCUAG